AUGUCUGCCGAAGAACUCAACGUCGCCACUUCCCCCCAGGACCUCGGCGAUGUCCCCCAGCAAUUCCAGCGCGUCAGCCUCGGCGACGACGGCGAGCCCAUCGCCCGAACCGAGGAGGAGUACGCCCAGACCCAAUUGACCUUGAGGGCCAUUGUCUCGUCCAAGGAAGCCGGCGUCAUCAUCGGCAAGGCCGGCCAGAACGUCGCCAACCUGCGCGAUGAGACUGGCGUCCGCGCAGGCGUCAGCAAGGUCGUCCCCGGCGUCAACGACCGCGUCCUCACCGUCACCGGCGCGCUCAACGGCAUCACCAAGGCCUACCACCUCGUCGCCAAAGGCCUGCUCGAGGGCGCUCCGGCCGUCGGCAUGGGUGGCGUGAUCAACAACAGCGGCACGCACCCCGUCCGCCUCCUCAUCUCCCACAACCAGAUGGGCACCAUCAUCGGCCGCCAGGGUCUGAAGAUCAAGCAGAUCCAGGACGCCUCGGGCGUGCGCAUGGUCGCGCAAAAGGAAAUGCUGCCCCAGUCGACGGAGCGUAUCGUCGAGAUCCAAGGUACACCCGAGGGCAUCGAGAAGGCGACCUGGGAGAUCGGCAAGUGCCUGAUCGACGACCACGAGCGCGGCUACGGCACGGUCCUCUACAACCCUGCCGUCCGAGUCCAAGCCGGCACCGGCCCCAUCAGCAACGGCUCCGGCUACGCCGGCGGCAGCCGUUCGUACAACCGCACCGGCCACGGCGCCGACUUCAGCGACGCGCCGCAGCAGUCGUACAACCGUCGCAGCGGCUCCGACGCGGCCAGUCGCCCGCCCAUGCCCACCACGACCGAAGACGGCGAGGAGAUUCAGACCCAGAACAUCAGCAUUCCCUCGGACAUGGUCGGCUGCAUCAUCGGCCGUGGCGGCACCAAGAUCAGCGAAAUCCGCAAGAGUUCGGGCGCCCGCAUCUCCAUUGCCAAGGCUCCCCACGACGAGACGGGCGAGAGGAUGUUCACCAUCAUGGGCAGCCCGAGCAGCAACGAAAAGGCCCUGUACCUCCUCUACGAGAACCUCGAGGCGGAGAAGAUGCGCCGCAGUCAGGCACCCCAAGAAUAA